GUCCGGUUUGAUGUCUGCGUCACUUUUCUAUCCAUGGCCGUGUGGACGCAUCAGUCUGGUCUGUGGACUCCUCCUCCUGGCAUCUUUUCAACAUCCUGCUGCAGGCAGACUGAGCAACUGCACUCAUCCUCUGGUGCCCGAACAUGGAGGUUUCCGCUGCGAUCCGUCGCCGUGCCGAGGAUUUCCCCAGAGGAGCACCAUCCACUUCUUCUGUGAGCCUGGAUACCACAUCAGCAGCAACAUUCGCGCCUCCAGGUGUCGCCACGGGAAGUGGAUGCCUCCGAUACCGGCCUGCAUCCCGAUCAGAGACGGUCCAAACAUGAACUCUAACAGCCGAGUGAAUGACUCUAUGCCCAGCAUGGCCACGACGGCAGUGGGCGUGUCCAUCUUCCUGCUCACCACCACGGCCUGUCUGGUGGUCAAGUCCCGCCUCUUCCCCUGUCAAUCACACGGCAGCCGUCGCUCCUCAGACCAGCUGGACCUGAUGGUGGACGGACUUCCUGUCUCUCUCCCAUCCUACGAGGAAGCGGUUUAUGGCAGCUGGGGUCAACGUAUACCUGCCUGCUCAGCACAGGGACCCACCCAGCUACUUUUGGCUCAUGAGGCGUCCGGCUGUCACCAGUCGUCUGCCAACAACCAAUCGGAUGGCGGUCCUCGCCCCCUCCUGUCCGGCCAAAGCCCAGACAACCCCCCGCCCCCUUACGAGGAGGUUCAAUCACGUCCUAGAGACAGAAUGAGUGACGAAGAUGUCCGGCAGCUACAUGUCGCACUUUUAGAUGACAAAGACACCUGAGUGACAGACUGUGCUGCUUGUUUAUCUUCAUUUUCAGCACAUGAGAUGCUGUUGUUUGGCAACGAGAACUCGAUUGAAUUGACAGCUGAUCUAUGCGGCGUCGACUCCGCAGACAAUGACGGCUGAACCACUGACAGCAGACUCCUGUGCUGCCUGCACUUUUCCUGGUUGUCUGCAGCUCACCAGCAUCAGGACACGGUCCUACCACACGCUAUUUUAGAUGACGCUGAUAAGCUCUGAUUGUCCAGUUGUCAGGUCACAAAAGACCUGAAGAAGAGAACAUUUAUUAAUGAAAUGUUGAUUGUAUUCAGUAAUGUAUGAAUGCAUGUGACAGGGAAAGAAGAAGAAGAAGAAAAGGGAGUUUAUGUGCACGUGUGUCCUUGCUGUAAGGAAAAAAGCUUUGUAUCCAGAAUGUCUCAUUUCAGGAAAAAACUGCCUUGUUUUUUCUUAAAAAAAAAAAAAUUCAACAAGGGAAUGUAUCAAAUUAAUUAACCAAAGUGGGUUUGAAGGUUUUAUAAUCCUUCAGUUAAAAGAAAAUCUUACAAAAAAAGGAAGCUAUGAGAUUUGUGUGUGUGUGUGUGUGUGUGUGUGUGUGUGUGUGUGUGUGUGUGUGUGUGUGUGUGUGUGUGUGUGUGUUGCUGUUCUGGAGACGUUGUCUAUCCUUCCCGUCAGUGACGGGGCUGAUCGAGACUCCUUCGGCGGAGUCGGUGGCGUGCUGUUAUAGAAACCUGUGUUUCCACAGCAACCAACUCUAUUCCAUUUCUAUCUGAGACUUUUUUUAUAUUUUUUUUGUCAUGCACAUUUUGUUGAUUUGACGCCAGCAUGGUGCACGGGCGCUCGGAUGAUAGAUGGUGAAAUUUUGUGAAUUUCAGCAACAGCAUGUUGUAACGUUGAUUCAUUAAAGGUUCAUUUAGUGUACAGCAGAUAUUUAGAGACUUGAAAAUGCUCCAAAAGCAAACGGUCUUUGAAAGUGUUUCACUCUGAUGAGUGAAGUAAAGAAUAGUUUGAUUAAUUUGAAUCUGCAGUAAAAAAAAAGAGAAGGAUUUCUUCCUGUUUACUGACAGAAAUGAAUUUGCUCUGGUGGCUGCAGUGCAGACACAGGUGCUUUUUUAAAUCAAAAUAAUCAUCCAAAUUACAGUUUUCAUCCACAAUCUGCACUGCAGAACAACACAUUUGGGACCAACCACCCCCCAAAUAUCCUGAAACUCAAAUCAUACAUGGAUUUGGGAAACUUUGACUCUCACUGGUUCCCCUUUCAAUCACAGUUUGAUCCUCUGCAGAGCGACUGACACCUUCACAGACCUUGAAUGUAUUUAAUGUUUCAUUUUGUGGCAAAACAAAUCUAACUAUUAUAUGGAUUGUAAUAUUUACAGAUUGAUAAUUUGUAUAUUGUAUUAUUGCACAGAAUUAUAUAAUAAAUAAAUAAAUGUUAAGUCUUAGUUUGA